AAAAAGCCAGGCAAUCAAGACAAAAUAAAUAACUACUGAACACAUGGGCUUAAAUCUGGUCUUGCAUCCACAGAGGCCCCUCACCCUUCCCGGUUCCUUUCCCAAUGCUUCAAGUAGAUGGAGCAUGUUGGACACAAUCCGGACAUCCCUGACUGAUCCGUAAACCUUUUAUUGCUCCUUGUUAAUCUCUGAGAGCAUACUUUUAAUUCAGUUGCCUUGUCUCGCUUCGUAUGUGAGUUUCAAAAAUAAGGAACAUGAUGUUUUCCACCACACUGAUUGAUGAAGUCAUGGCCCAACCAUUCUACUCUCUGGAUGACGGAGACUGCUUUGAUCCACAGUCCAAGCGAGAUGCUCUGUCAAUACCACACGCCAUUCAAAAUGAUAACCAGCAAGAGAUGGUGGAUAUGAAUACGGGCUGUCUCAACACUGGGCCCGAGAUUGACGCCAAAGGCCGGGGUUCGACAAGACGCCGGAUUCAAGUCGCAUGUCAACGGUGUCGAAAAAGAAAGAUCAAAUGCAGUGGUGAUGCAGGAGACGGUCAAGGCUGUUCCAACUGUCGGAGCUCAGGAAACCAGAACUGCCAGUUCUUAAGGGUCAACUCUGCGGUAGUACAGACGAAAGUCUCCAGUUGGCCGUAUCCAACGAACACUAUAAUCAACCCAUCUCAAAGGCCAGGAGCACCAGAUUCUCAACCCGCUUUUAGCUGGCAAUCCUUUGGACUUGACGCCACCAACCACGAGGAUGGGGGCCCAGCUCCUUAUAACGCACCGUCCUCCACCUUUCUAUUGCCAAACUCACCUCAAGGCGUUAUGGCGGAGUGCUGUGGGUUAACAUGGAACGCCAAAGCCUGGAGCUCAGGCAUUCAAAGUGGUAGAGCUGCAAAUGAGGCAAUGUUCGGGGGCAAUUAUGGGGAAAACCCCUUGGCCCUUUCAGGUUACCUGUUUACCGGACAGGGGACUCAAUCAACGGAGAUAUCUCCAAUUGUUCCUACGCAAGCAUCCUUGACAUUUCCCAUCCAGGGAGCGGAGCGAACGCUUCCCACCCCUUCUAACCGGAAUCCAUUCCAAGGGAAUGUAGGCGGACUAGUCGCGUCUCCUAACGCUCUCGCUGGACUGCAGUCUGCCCAGGAGUACAAAUCAGGUAAUCAUUGGAUGCAGAAAAACGACCCCCGCACGCCUAUGCAGCCGACGUCGAAUAAGUCUUUCAGCACUCGCACGGUAAACAGAGCAAAGCUGAUUCCAUCUGGUGCGCAGGACAUAGUCUUUGGGGUCUUGCCAAUAGCUACGACAAGUGCAGUUUCCCCUCUGAUGCCCUCGAGUGGAGCAUUUACAGGCUUGAUAGCCGCGACAGACUCGGCGGAUGAGUUCCGCAGCAGUAAUGACGGUCGACUCAGGGCAUUCUCGCGUGAUAACACGCGGAUGCUGUCGCUUACAGAAUAUGGCCCGGAUAGCUAUGGAUACAGCACCAGUGAAAGAAGUGGCAGAAGUCGUUCAGAUGUGGGCAACGCCAGCUCUGUUGCUACAUUGAUCAAUGGCUUGCCAUACAUGCGGCCGAAAAAUCCAGAUCCAAUUUCUCAAAUGAACCCCCUCACGACAGACAGCCUCACAGGGAGUUACGGAGCAUCAACCGAGACACACCGCACACCAGUCUCUGCUCUAAGUAACUCGAGUGGGUUUUAAUCCAUCGACUUGCGGUUCAUUCAGACUUGGUGUCGGGCGGAUUGAUCAUCCAUAGAGGAGGUUGCUGUGUACGAACCAUUCCGAAAAAAAAAGAAAGAAAAAAAGAGAAACCCCCC